UUUUCUGGUUGAUUAAUAGAAAAUGCCCAUCAGUUUGAUUCACUUUUUUUAGCGUUAAAUCGCUGCAUUCUGCAACACAUCCUUACGAUGACGACGAUGUAAUGAAAUUGAAAGAAUUUAUAGCCCACCAAGACUUGCAAAGUAGCCUUAAAAAACGAUUUAUGGUUGAUCAGCUGGAAUACGAAAUACAAAAAACAACGAACUCAUUGAAUACAAUUUCAUUUCUGGCUGAAGAGGGUCAAAGCCUAGCAAUAUAUGGCACACGUCAUAGCGGUAAAACAUUUUUAGCCGGGCAGCUUGUUGGUCAAAACAAAUUCGCAUUCGGCGAUAUCUUCGUUGAUGGAACCGAACUAAAAUAUGAGUUGAAAAAAGCGCUUAAAAAAAUGGCAUACGCGCCACAAGACCAUGGACUAUGGGCAAGUUUUACGCCUCGUGAGAUUUUACGUUUCUUUUGUAUGCUGCGCGGUAUUGAACAGAAAGAUAUUAGAGGGAUUUUACGUGACCUCUCCCACGCUUUCAUCAUGAGUUCUUAUAUGGACAAGACUAUUCGCACACUUAGCUAUGAUCGACGACGCAAGGUCAACAUAGCACUCGCAAUGAUUGCUCAACCAAAGAUUAUAGUUUUGGAUGAACCCACACGCGGACUUUCACCACAUACUUGUCGUGAAAUAUGGAAUGUUCUGCGCUAUAAACGUUUCUUAGGUAAAACGCUUGUGUUCACAACAUCAAACGCCGUUGAGUUGGACGCAUUAUCCGAUCGUGUGCUUAUAUACAACGAAGGCGAGAUGUGGACAAUUGGUAAUACUCAAUAUCUACGCAGCAGAUAUACAAAAGGUUUUUACCUAUAUGUAAAAUUAAGAAUUGAUGGAGUUACAACUGCAGAAGCCAAAGAGAACUUACAUAAGGAUUCCGAAAAUUUGAUUCGUUUUGUGACUUUCUUGCAUGAAGAUUCUGAAUUACAGGAGCGAAUCGAUAAUUGCUUUAAAUUUUAUUUGCCAGUCCCAAUUGUUAGUUACUCGUUUUUAUAUGGAUCCAUGGAAAAAAAUAAGAGACGUUUGAAUAUUGCAGAUUACAGCGUAAGCCAAGGAACACUUCAAGACGUUUUCAAUACGAUCGAAACAACUCGAAAAAAACAAGAAUAAGGCGCUGUUUAAGUAUGUUUUAGAACUUUCAUGAAAUUAAAUUCAAUGUUGUAUGUGUACAUACUAUAAAUUUAUGCAUUUUAAAUACUAAUGAUAAUAACUUCAAUAUCGUAAAUAUUAAAAGAAAAAAUUGUUAAUUAGUAAAACUAUAUUACUUCAGAGAAGUGUGAAUCGGGCUGGGUCUGCAAUUCGCUUCCGAGUGAAUUUCAACCCCUGCCAAUUUAAAUUCAAAGCUCAAAUUCACUCGAAAGUGAAUUGCAGAACCUGCCAGAACAUGAUUUCAAAGCCCUUUGAAAAGAAGCUUGAGUUUUAUAAUUUUGGGCUGUAGCUGUAUAAAUUCGUUUAUGUUGUUAUUGCAUGAAAAUUUCCCGAACGGUGCCAGUCCUUUGCCAUCCAUAUGCGUCGUUCCGCUAUAAAUUCUUCAUUCAGUUUUUCGUUUACAAAAUUUUCAGUAUGGACCUGUUAAUACAUAUCGGGAAUCAUUUCAACAAAGGGAAUUAUUUCUAAAUUUUAAUUUUGUAGGAAAACACAAUC